UGUGUGUGUGUGUGUGAUAAGAAUAAAGUAGAGCAGCUAGCUUUCAACUUUCGUGACUGCUGCUAAACUAACAAAUUUUCCGUUCGGUAAAUAUUGCGUUGACAAAGUAUACAAUUAAUUUGUAUUGUUUUUCCUAAUUCACACGACGACGCGUAACGCGUAACGAAAUUAGUAGCAGCAGCAAUAGAGAAACUUUACAACGAACGACAACGAACAGAGAACCUUGCGCCGCGAGCUCAGCUGACUGAAUGAAAACGCACAUCGCAGCAACGACGCUCCAAAGCAAAGCAGCAGCAGCCUCAACGUAAAAGCAAUAACAAAAUCAAAAGCAGCAGCAAAGCACGAGAGAGGAGAGAGCGAGUGUGAGAGCGAGAGCACAGCUUGGCGCUCAUCAGAAUAAUAGUGGGAGGCAGCAGAGCAACAAGCAGCAGAGAGAGCGUCACAACAAGCAGGAAAAACAUAUUCCAGUAUGGGAGGCGAUGCGGACAAUGGCAAAAAGAUAUUUGUACAGAAAUGCGCUCAAUGCCAUACAUACGAAUCUGGUGGUAAUCACAAGCAAGGGCCAAACCUAGGUGGAAUUGUCGGACGUAAAUGCGGAUCUGCUCCUGGCUACAAAUAUACGGAUGCUAAUAUCAAGAGAGCUGUCACUUGGACCGACGCCACACUCGAUGAAUACUUAAAGGAUCCUAAAAAAUAUAUUCCCGGUACCAAAAUGGUUUUUCCUGGUCUUAAAAAGGCUGAGGAUCGGGCUGAUUUGAUAGCGUUCCUAAAGCGUGGAAAAUAGUCGAAUAUACUAUUUUAGAUAAUUAAAUUAGAAGAUACAAUACCUUCAAGUGCAACUCUUAUAUACAUAUAAUAACCAUUAAUAAAUAAAAACUACACAAUUUGAA